CUACGGAAUCCCGACAAAAGGUACGCGCAGAAGGCAUCGUCAACCAUACGGUUCCGGAUGUAAGGAUUUUAUCGGAAACAUUAGUGCGCAGCAAACCCACUAAAGUCGGAAAGCUGCUUUGGAGUAUUCUGGUGAAAGUGACUAAAGGGACGGAUGAUAAGCCUUCUACACUGGGCGUUUACCUGAAAUGCUCUGGCUAUCCGAAAUCCGUCCAACAACAGUUGUUUGUGGUAGCUGUAUUUCCUGCUGUUUUGGUACUCAGUAUUCAUACUGACUGGCCAGCGUUAUUGUCGUAUUAAAUAUACCUACAGUAUUUGUAAUACGUGACAAGCAGCAACACGGCGGCCGGGUACGCGGACAGCACAUGGGGAAGCAAGCGGUGGUCAUUUCGCAGCGCGACAGCGAAUACAGCCACCGCAGUCGGCGGAGCGUUACCUGCUACCGCUGGCUGGUAUUUGGUAAUGGACGCGUAGCCAAUGGGAUUCCAGCCGCAGCGUCUGCGUGGAAGCGGAACGAGCACUUCUGCUGCUCGAAAAUUUGACGCUGAUUCAUCACGAAGAAGUCGGAUUUCUAUUUUAAUUCCUUGAUCAAGGCCUGCGGUUGUAAAAUUAGGUACGGAGUGCUGCAGGUUUCGAGAAUUCCUCUUUCUCCUGUUGUAGAACAGUAGAUGUACUCUCGUUCUCUUGAAAAUGUCCUCGUCGUCCGAGUCGAGUUUCGACGAGCCCGAAGAAUGCAGCGUGGCGAAUGUGGCGGUGCUGAACAAGUACAAAGUUGCUGGGAAAAUCGCAGACAAAGUCGCGCAGCGAGUGGUAGAGAGAUGCGCGGCAGGUCAUUCCGUGCGAGAAUUAUGCGAAGAAGCUGACAAGAUGAUCGUCUGGUUGACGUCGUCCAUUGAAACUGGAGAUCUGCGUAAAGGUGUAGCCUUUCCCGCGUGCAUGAGCGUCAACAACUGCGUCUGCCACUUUUCGCCCCUCGAAAACGACACGGACGUCAAGCUGAAGAACGGGGACCUCAUCAAAAUUGAUUUGGCCGUGCACAUUGACGGAUACAUCGCCUGUGUCGGAUAUUCACAUGUGGUUGGCGCGACGAAGAAGAAGCCAGCGAGCGGACGGAAAGCGGACGUGGUCCGGGCGGCGUACGCGGCCCUGGACGCCUCCAUGCGGCUGAUCAAGGCCGGGGUUGAUAACUUCAAAGUGACGGAGGUGAUCCAAAAGGCGGCGGAGGCGUUCCAGUGCAAGCCCAUCGAGGGCAUGCUCUCCCAUCAGCUGGGCCGCAACCAGUUCGAAGGCGGCAAGAGCAUUAUCCUGAAUCCCAACAGCGCCCAAAAACGUGAGCACGAGAAGUCAGAGUUCGCUGUCAACGAAGUCUACGCGCUGGACAUACUGGUCAGCACGGGCGAAGGGAAGGCCCAGGAAGCUACGGCGCGCACCACCAUCCACCACCUUAACGACCUCGCCUACCCGCUUCGCAUGAAGAAACCCGUCAAAGAUUUUUUGGAACAGACGAGCGAACAGUACGGGACGCUGUGUUUCCAUCUGCGCAACGUACGUAACCACAAGGCGGCCCGACCGGUCAUCGCGGAGUGCGUCAGCCACGGCCUGCUGACGCCGUUCCCUGUGGGGUACGAGAAGGACGGCGCUCUGGUGGCACAAUUUAAGUGCACGCUGGCUGUCACGGCCAACGGUAUCCGGUUGAUCGCCGGGGGUCUCCCGCUGGAUAUGAACUCCUACAAGUCCGACCACAACAUCGCCGACGCCGGCUUGAAGGGGGCAGCCGACGGAAAGAAGCCGGCUAGCAGUUGGCGCGGACGGCCUAAGAAAGGCGAAACAUUCCCGAUCGAGAUGUUCAAGGCAACGCUCCCGUCUCCCAAACCACGCGGGAAGCGUUAUUCGUUCGCUGAACGAACUGAGACGGCCGCAUUAGUUCGCCAGUAUCGCGGAUCCAUGCAAUGGGUCGCGAAUUACUUGGGCGUAGCCAUCCGCACUAUCAAACGAUGGAUAAAAAUUAAGUUGCCGAUAGAGUAACAAUCGCACUCGUCUGUGGUGUAAUUAUACGGAGUUUCUUGUGUGCCGCGCAGGCGCAGCCCGUGGGUUCGUCUCACUCUGAUGUAGAUCGGCCUGAUAUUCAUGCAAAAUGCUUUCUACACUUUGUUCUUCCUUUUUAUUAAGCACCCAAGUAGAAAGAGUUGGUUUUUAAUCGGUAAACUGAAUUUGAAGAGAACUUCCC